GUGGAAGGUCGCCUGGCUUACAAUGGAGCUGUCGGAGGAAUUACAGAGGGGUUUGCACCGCUUAGCGGACCCAGCACUAUUCAGCCCUAAAGCCUUCGCGGCCCUCAUUCGGGCGUCCUUCUUAAGUGUUAGCGAGGCCCAGGCCGCAGAGAGAGCCUUAUUAGAUCAUGCAGAGCUGCAGCACAUUGAGCCAGCAUUUAUUAAACACUGCCAUGCUGCAGCCACAACGUGUAUUCUGGAGGCUGUGAAGCACAAUACAGACAAAGCAGGCCUAAGCACAUUCCUGGAAGACUGUAAAUUUGACAAGGACAGAACCGAGCUUUUUUGGACUGAAUACCAGAAAAAUAAAGAAUCUUUGGAAACUUUACUUGGAAGUAUAGGGAUCUCCCCUCCACACAUCACUGAUGUUUCCUGGCGUCUUCAAUACCAAAUAAAGAGCAACCAACUGUACCGACAUAACCGACCCGACUAUUUAAUUAAUUUAACUGUAGAGAGUUCUGAUGCCAAUCAGAAGCCAGAAAUUAGUUUUGAUUGUUCUAUGGAACAAUUGCAGGAUUUAUUAGGAAAGCUUAGGGAUGCAGCCAAAAGCCUAGAGAGGACUACUCAGAUGUGACCUUUUUUGUAUCCUGCAACAAUCAAGAAUUCUUCCGACUUGUUUUUUUUUUUUAAAUGUAAAUUCUAUAAUCUACCUGCUGUUAUGUGCUGUUUUGUGUCUACAUUGUUACAAUAAAAACCUGAAUGCAUA